CCUCCCCAAGCCAGCAGCUUUUAGAUCAUGCCUGGAGAUAAGCCUGCCCAGAGUCCAGAGGAAGGCGGUGUGUGCAUUACUGAAGCCCUUAUCACGAAGCGGAACUUGGCCUUCCCUGAGGAUGAGGACCUGUCAGAGAAGAUGUGAGUGCAUGGGAGAGGAAAGGGGUGCUGGAAUAUUGAAACACACAGGAUGACCAGUCCCCUGAGCUCUACUGAUCUGUCAACUUACUUUCUUUGUCCCUCUCUUAACUCCACACAUUCAGUCAGUGGCAAUGUCCAACUUAUUCUCCCUCCUUAAAAAUCAUUCUAUUUCUUUUUCACCAUGCCCACUCAAUUGCUUUAAGUCAGGGUCUUAAAUAAGUCAUCACCUCUCAACAAACUCCUAAUUAGUCCCUCUACCCCCAGUCCAGGCACCUUAUACUGUUGCCAAAGUGAUCCUUUUAAAUGACAAAUCUGAUAGAACCUGACUCCCUGGUACCUCCAGAAUAAAAUCCAAACACCUUAGCCUGAGUUGACCUCUGCUGCCUUUUCAGCCUUAUUUCUUGCCACUCUCCAUAAGUGUGUGAUUUCUCUAAGACCCCAUGUUCUCACAUCUUAGCACCUUACUACUCAGAGUGGUGCUGGGAUGAGUGGGAAGCAUCUGCAUCACCUAGGAGCUUGUUAGAAAUGAAGAGUCUCAGGCCCACCUACUGAAUCAGAAUCUGAACUUUAACAAGACCCCCUAAGGGAUUCAUGGGCACAUUAAAGUUCAAGGAAGUCUGGAUUCGCACAUACUAUACCUUCUGCUUGAAAUGCCUUCUCCUCAUCCCCCCUCACCUUCCUGGCUAACGCCUACUCAUAUGUCACCUCCUCCAGGAAGCAUUCCCUGAACACCCCAGUCUGAAUGCAGUGUAUAAUCCAUGGUCUCCCUUAGUCCCUUGCACAUGCCUCUGUCAUCCACUUGUCAUAGAUGUUUGGCCAGCUUCCCUAGUAGUGAUGGGCAGGGACUCUUUCAUUUGUCUCUGAUGGGCACUUACUAAAUGUUUGGGGAUUAAUGAAUGGGUGGGUGGAACAAGUGAUCUUCCCUCCGUGGACCACUCAGAAGGGAGGUGAGGAAGGAUCUUCCUGCAGAGAUUGUCCCCUCUCUGUCCCAGCCCAACCUGGCUGGAGGAAGUCUUCCCCUGCCUCUGCAGGAACCGUAAGCUGCCAUCACCCAGUUUCCCAGUCCAAGGGCCCUUACUCACCUCUCACUCUUAUCCCUCCCAGUGCUACUGGCAGAUACCCAGGUCUCCAAGUCAACCCAGGUUCCCCGAUCUAGACCCCGCCUCAUGAGUCAAGCAGGUGUCCCUGACAUCUGAGCAAUCACUGAGCCAUCCACCCCCUCUUUGAAACACCCUCCCCUCCGUCUUCCUCCUAAGAGACCACAGAAGUGGCCUUGUUAGCCAACCCUGCUGACCGUUUGCCCAGGUUCCACACGCUUGCUGAACUGCAGACUGUCCGCCUGGACCGGGAGGGAAUUACCACUAUCAGGAACCUAGAGGGCUUCCAGAAUCUUCACAGCCUCUAUCUGCAAGGGGUAACUUCCUGCCUCCUGCCCUUACUCCUCCCUGUGGACAGGACUGCAUCCCCUGUGGGCCAUGUCUGUCUAAUCUGAAAGGAGCCAACCAGGUCAUCUUGCCCAUUUACUGGUGUUCAGGCAGGCAGACCUUCAUAGAAACUGUUUCCAGAUGAAUCAGGAAUUAUCUUGAAUUGAAAGACCAAUCCACCCAAAAGACAUGCUGACCAUGCUCUUGAGUCACUGUUUUUUUGUCAGACAAUUCUCUUGUUCUAGAAGUCCUUCUUGAUGUCUGCCCUGAAUCUCUCACAUUAUAUAGCUCAAGUCCAUUUCCUGUUUUGAAAAAAAGGAAGAAGGAACCACGAGAUUCCUCAGCAUCCUUCAGAACCUUGAAGGCUUUUUGGUGGUGGUGGUAGUGGGGGUGGGUGGGUGGUUGAUCUCCAGCCUCCCUCAGGUUGAAUAUACCCAGAUCCCUUAACCUUCCCCCACAGAAACUUGACAGACCAAAGUAGUAUAGGUACACUGUCCCCUCCAUGUGUGUAAUCCACCACCAAAGCCUUUUCCCUUUCCCCGUUUCCCCUUGGUUUCCUUCUCUGAUGUCCAGGUCACUCUUUGGUUGUGGGGUGAUCAGGGUACUUAAAUCAAAUUUAGCCCAGCCCCAAGUUUAUGCCCUCAACCAUCCACCUGGAGAAAACAAAUCAUCCCAAGGUAGUGACAACCAGUUCAAGAAGUGGGAUGAUCAUUCCCAAAGCGCCACAUCUCCAGCCUCAAGAGUAGACUUGGUUUUGGGGCUUUGUCCCUUUAAAAGGCCCCCCAUUCAGCUGACCUCAGCUUGGUUUCCCCAACUCGGUUUCUUCCUGCAGAAUAAGAUCGAGCGAAUUGAGAACCUGGCCUGCGUCCCCUCCUUACGCUUCCUGUCUCUGGCAGGAAACCGAAUCAGGCAGGUGGAAAACCUCCGCGACCUCCCACACCUCCAGUUUCUGGACCUUUCUGAGAACCUGAUAGAAAUACUGAAGCUGGAUGAAUUCCCCGAGAGCCUUCUCAUCCUCAACCUGACUGGAAACAGCUGCACCAACCAGGAGAGCUACAGGAGGCUGGUGACAGAAGCCCUGCCACUGCUCCUGGACCUAGACGGGCAGCCUGUGGCAGAGCGCUGGACCUCGGACGAGGAGGAUCAAGCCUCAAGCAAUGAGGACGAGGAGUUCCCAGAGCUGAGAGGCCCGUUCUGCUCAGAGCGAGGUGACCCUGCUUUCCAAGGCUUGCAGCCUCCCCAGAGCACACCCCUGCCUGCCCUGUGGGAUCUGGGAGAAGCUAAGACAGCGGUGGUGUCUGGGGACGUGGUCCCAGGGCCAGACCAGUCUGGGCAUGCAGGCUUCCUCAAGGAGCUGGAGCAGGAGACGAGCAGGCACCGGGAGCACAGGCAGCAGACAGCCCUGCUGGAGCACCUACUGAGGGUGGAGAUGCGGCCCGCCCUCACCGACCUCCCACCGCUGCCAGGGGCGCCCAUGGCCGGGAACAGCAGCCCUUCCGUCCCUCCCAGGCAAGGGAAGGAGACAUCCCCAGAGCCCGUCUCCUUGCCACAAGCCUCCUCUGCCACCAAGAAACCAUGCCUUCCGGCUUCCAGGAGCCUGCAAAGCACUGUUCAGGCAGGGAAGGGGGCCAGAGCGGCCGCAGCCGCCAAGGCCUCGCCGGCUGGGGCCCCCAGCACGACCAAAACCGUGACCGAAAAACUCAAGAAGUGAAGCGCAGCCCAUCGCUACCAGCAAAGCCCCAGGAACACGGACGAGCGAAGAGUGGAGUGGGUCUCCCUCCCCCUCAGAGCCCUCACCUGUGACAGGAGCCUGUCCCCAAUGAAGUAUGUCCAGGCCCUG